AUGAAAAUUCACCAGCUUCUGAGAAUUCAUAAUCCACAUAACUCAGGCCUUUCCUUCAUUUCAAACCCCAAAGAUUGCUUUGUUUUUUUUUUCACCUACAAGGUGGCGCACCAGAGGAGGUCCGGUGAGUUCAUCAGGUUUCCCCCUGUUGAAGGUGGCGACUCCGGCCACCACAACCACCAACAGCAAGAAGAAGAGGAUGGUUUCCGACAAGAGAACAGGGAUGAUGAAGCAGACAUGUUUUUCCGACAACAAAGUCAUCAAGCAAGCGAGAUGUCGGCAAUGGUGUCUGCCUUGACACAUGUUGUCUCAGGCCAAAGAGUUCCUGCUAGUGCUUGGCCUUGUGGUUACCCUACUGAUUUAGACAACUGUUUUGGACAUACACAAAGUGGCUCGGCUGCCGGUUCUGGUCCAUGGAAUAUGGGUCGGAAAAGAGGGCGUGAAGAAGAGAUCAUGGCUCAGUUGGUUGAGCCUGAACCAGGGGAUCAAACAGACUCCUAUGCUGGUUCAUCAUCCGCUGCAACUUCUGUUGCUGAAGAAACUGUUGCUGCACCAGCCACGGCGGAGACUACCUGCGACACGGUGGCGGUGUCGAACGAAGAAUCCGACGAGCGGCGAAGGAGAUACCGAGGCGUAAGGCAAAGGCCAUGGGGGAAAUGGGCGGCGGAGAUACGUGAUCCGAACAAAGCAGCUCGAGUUUGGCUAGGAACAUUCGAAACGGCGGAAGCCGCCGCAAGAGCCUACGAUGAAGCGGCGUUGAGAUUCAGGGGAAACAGGGCAAAGUUAAAUUUCCCGGAGAAUGCCAGGGUUUUCCCUCGACCGGUGCAGGAUUCUCCGGCCACCCAAACACCGAUUCCUGCUUCUCUAACAACUCAUUUUCCGUCAUAUUACCAAUCCCCAAAUCCUCUUCAGAGCUCCGCCGCCGAUAUGAUGAGAGAUUAUUGGAACUACUCUCAGUUUCUACAGAGUUGUAAUGAUUUCAAUGAGCAACCAGCUACGAGCUUGCUAAACCAUAUGAUCCAAUCGUCUCAGUUACCCAAUAUUCAACCGCCAUUGUUAUCUUCUUCUUUGUCACCACCACUUCAUCUGCCGCCUUCAUCGUCUCCCUCUGCUUCUUUACCUCUGUUUUCUGCUGAGCAGCACCAAAUGGGCAUUUUCAGGCCGCCGUCUAGUCAAACUCCGACUAGAGGAUUAGUUUCUCCUCCUCCUCCGCCGCCGCCAUGGUCUCAUUCUACUAGCCAUUCUUCAUCCACCGGUUAAAAUAUUUAAGAGUUAAUUGUACAAAAUGUCUCAAAUUAUGACCCAAAUUUUAAAAUGGUCCUCAAACUUCAAAAUACCCCAUCUCACGUCUGAUUUGAAGCUUAUGAUUAGACCGACUGAUGAUCCAACAA